UAACCAUCAUCCUUUCUCAGAAAAAUUGCGGAACCUUCGAUCGAUAUGAUACUUCGCUAAAAAUGUGAAAAAUGCAACAGGUGCAAUGGAAAGGAAUAAACUCCGAUUUUAUUGAUUAUUCGUUUUCGAUAUUUGUUCAAUAUACAUACCCGCACAUAACCUAUCAUAAUGGAUAACGAGUACAUAGUCAAAACCGUUCUUCAUGCUGGGUCAGAAGUGAUUAAUUUUGUACCAGGAACAAAGGUUAUAUUUCACUUUAGAACCACAAAAUGCGAUUCCGACAAAACAGUGAUAGAUGACAGUAGGACGAUGGGAAAUCCAAUGGAACUCAUAUUAGGGAAGAAAUUCAAGUUGGAAGUAUGGGAAGCAAUUGUACAAAAAAUGGCAUUGAACGAAGUUGCCUGUUUCAAAGUGCAUAAAAGUCUAGUGACUACAUAUCCUUUCGUCUCCAAGACACUAAGAGAGGCUGGCAAGCCGCAAUCACAAAAGCGUAGUCAUCACUGCUGCGGCGUUACUCUCCAGAAUGAAGGCAUUGGGUAUGCCGAUCUGGACGAACUUAUAAAAUAUCCUCAAGAUUUGGAAUUUACAAUAGAGCUUGUCAAAGUGGUAUUGCCAAAUGAAUAUGAGAAAGAGUCGUGGCAAAUGACAGAGAAUGAGAAGCUUGAGAGCAUUCCGCAUCUGAAGGAAAAGGGAAAUGCUUUGUUCAGAGAAAAAAAACAUGACAGCGCAUCUGAAAUAUAUGCAAAGGCGAUAGGAAUAUUAGAACAACUCAUGCUAGCCGAAAAACCGAACGAUGACGAAUGGUUAUCCUUGAAUCGAAUGAAGAUACCGUUGCUUUUGAACUAUGCGCAAUGUAAACUGUUGAAUAAAGAAUAUUAUUCAGUUAUUGAACAUUGUACAACAGUUCUAAAAACAGAGCCAG